AUGAAAAAAAGCAGGAUAGCCCAUGCAAGUGAAGAUUCUACUAUUAGUUAUAAGAACUUCCAGUCAAAUUUGUCCCCUCCUCUACUGAAUCGAUGUCUGCCUGUGCAGAAAAGAGAUGACGAGAAGCGUUUGAAACAUACAUUGGCGCAAGCUUCACACUUCCUUUCCACCGACAAGCCAUUACCAGACUGGCUAUUUUAUGAGAUGCGGGACCAAGUGAAUUUUCGAAAACUCAAGUCAGUGGAGAAUCGGAAGUCAAGUGAGGAUUCCUCGAAGGAUUCAGAGUCAAAGAGAUUCGAAGAAAGGGCCGGAAGAUUUCAGAGCAAAAGUAGUAUGGCAAUUCCAGUGGAUCCCCCAGAUGGGGUUGGAUCUCGAGGGAAGCAUUACUAUUCCAUGUGGCAAACCCUUUUUGAGAUUGAUACAAAAUAUGUGCCAAUCAAGCCUAUUGGACGAGGAGCGUACGGCAUUGUCUGCUCUUCAAUCAACAGGGAAACCAAUGAAAAGGUCGCUAUCAAGAAGAUAAAUAAUGCCUUUGAAAAUCGUGUUGAUGCACUGAGAACUUUGCGUGAGCUGAAGCUUCUUCGUCAUCUUAGACAUGAAAAUGUGAUAGCUCUGAAAGAUGUCAUGCUGCCUAUUCACAGGGGAAGUUUCAAGGAUGUUUACUUGGUUUAUGAGCUUAUGGAUACAGAUUUGCAUCAGAUAAUUAAGUCCUCUCAGAUGCUUACAAAUGACCAUUGCCAAUAUUUCCUCUUCCAGUUACUUAGAGGUCUGAAGUAUCUACACUCGGCAAACAUUCUUCAUCGCGAUUUAAAGCCUGGAAACUUACUUAUCAAUGCAAACUGUGACUUAAAAAUAUGUGAUUUCGGGCUUGCACGUACAAAUAGCAGCAAAGGUCAAUUCAUGACUGAAUAUGUGGUCACUCGCUGGUAUCGGGCACCAGAGCUCCUCCUCUGCUGUGACUGUUAUGGGACCUCCAUUGAUGUGUGGUCUGUUGGCUGUAUCUUUGCAGAACUUCUUGGUAGGAAAGCCAUAUUUCCUGGUACAGAGUGUCUUAACCAGCUUAAAUUAAUCAUCAACAUCCUCGGUAGCCAGAGGGAAGAUGAUCUCAAGUUCAUUGAUAACCCAAAGGCUAGAAAGUACAUUAAAUCACUUCCUUUCUCCCCUGGAACCCCAUUUUCUCGCCUUUAUCCUAAUGCCCACCCUCUAGCUAUUGAUCUGUUACAGAAGAUGCUCAUCUUUGACCCUUCAAAGAGAAUUAGCGUGACUGAAGCACUUCGACACCCAUACAUGUCUCCCCUGUAUGAUCCGAAAUGUGACCCUCCGGCCCAGGUUCCUGUCAAUCUAGACAUAGAUGAGGAUUUAAAGGAAGAAGUGAUCAGGGAUUUGAUGUGGAUGGAAAUACUUCAAUACCAUCCAGAAGCUGCCACAGGUAACAUGGAUGUAAGACUCUGCACUUGA